AUGUUCUUUGACAGCUUAUCAGAGAGUCAUUUUUAUAGUCUGUGUUACGCAUGCAUAAGGUUCAUCAUUUCCACUCGCAUCAAAGUCGACGCAGCCCAAAGGAUGAGCAAUCGUGCAGUAGCCGUACUACGAGGUGACCCCGGAGUGACGGGUACGGUGUGGUUCAGCCAGGACAAAGAGUCCGACCCAUGUGUGAUCAAGGGUGAAAUCAAGGGUCUGACGCCUGGUCUUCAUGGAUUCCACGUCCAUCAGUACGGCGAUUCCACUAACGGUUGCACUUCUGCUGGACCACACUUCAAUCCGUUCGGCAAGACUCAUGGAGGACCAACGGACGAGGUUCGCCAUGUUGGCGAUCUAGGAAACCUUACAGCUGGAUCUGAUGGUGUAGCACAUUUCGAGAUCAAAGAUCAUCUGGUGAAAAUCCAUGGAGAGCAUACAGUUGUGGGACGUUCUCUUGUAGUUCAUGCUGGUAUCGAUGAUCUAGGUAAAGGAGUAGGCGAGCAGAAAGAAGAGUCUCUCAAGACGGGAAAUGCUGGCGCCCGUGUUGCUUGUGGAGUCAUUGCUACUGCCGCACCCCAGUGA